AUGUCCGACGACCUCUUUCGCAACGUCCGCGAGCUGUACGAGCAGGUUGACGCGCAGUUCAGCGUCAGGUCGUCGGAAGAGGGUGUCGGGGCCCAGAUGGCUUCCUUCUGCGUUUACAGUUGCGGCUUGUUUUCGACGUACAUGGUCAAGUACAAGAACAUCUGCUCCGACAAGUCCAUCGUAGCACAAGCACCGAACAUGCUCCAGCGCUGCAUGUCCAUCCUGAUCGAGUCCAAGCAGACAUGGCCGCUCGCGUCGCGCUGGCUGGAGUCCCUCGAGCGUUUCUCUCGCGAUCCCAAGGCUGCCGCGUAUAGUAGCAUGGCAGACGGCAAUGACCGCACCCUACGCCCAUUACAUCCCUCGCCCUCCACCUUCAACAAGCCCCGCGCAGAAACCCCGAAAUACCAGCUCCCCGUCCCUCUCCCCGGUCCUCCGGCGACGCCCCUCAACGAGAAGAAGCCGCCGCCCCUCCGCCACAACAGCACCAGCAGCAACACCUCCAACAUCCUCCCCCCGCCGAGCCCGUCGCCCAGCAUCCAGCAGCAACACCAGCCGCAGCAGCACAACACCCCCUUCCCGCUGCCGCCCCUGAACACGCCUCAGUUGCAGCAGCAGCAGCCGCUCCAACACCAACAACACCUUUCUCCACACCAACAACCACCACCGCAACAACACAUGCACCAAUUCCACCACCAACAACAACCGUCUCCUCCGCAAAGACACCACCAACCGCCGCCCCCUCACCAGCACCAGAUGCAACAGCAACAGCAGCUGCCCCCGGAGCUGCAGCAGCACUUCUCCCCGACAAUGUACGCCCAGGCCCCGCCGCCGUACAGCCCCAACAACGGCAUGGGCAUGCUCGUCCAGGCCGCCUUCGACACCACCAACCCCAUCGGCUCGCCGGGCUACGACCCGAAUGUGGCGGUGUUCUACUCGUCCCCCGGCUCCGCGUCCAUCACCCUCGGCCCCGGCACCGACGGCUUCGAGUGCGAGCUGCAGAGCUGGUUCGACGGCACGGCGCCAGUGCAGGCGACGAGCUGGAUCGGGAACGGGGCCGCGGGGUUGGGAUGGUUUGGGUCGAACUAA